AUGCCGCGCCCUCGCGGUCGCCGUGGUGGCAAGAACAGGAAUAAGAGGGGCCGUGACUUUGAGCGUGAGCGGGCUCGCCCACCGAAGUCUCGACGUGCCGAUCUGGCAGCAGUGAGCUCUGAAUCCUCAGAAUCGGACAUGGAACCGCCAGCUGAAGAGCCGGCAGCUAGCUCCAGGCAUGUGCCGACUCCUCGCCCUAUUACCUUGUAUGCUAGGCCGGCUGAUUUGCCAGCGCACACUCCGGCCAGAGCGCCUGUGGAGGUGAGUGAUGAGGCUCCUGUGUCAGGUGGUUCAGCCUCCUCGAUUAUGCCGACUGGGGGGCGUGAUCAGAGAGCUGACUUCUCGCCCGAGGCACUUCGCCGUGAAUUGCCUCCUGAUGAGUUCUUGGCUUUAGCUUCUCUGAUGGGUAGGGACUACGCCACACCGACGCAGACUAGCUACCGCGGAGUGGCUUCUAAGUGGAUGGUUCCGCGGGCAACCGGAGUAUCUGCUAGGGCCGAGGACGCUGCUCCUGCUAGGGUGGCUUCUAUGGCUCGCACCUGGCCUGCCGGUGCGCUUGGGCCCAAAAUGAGCGUUGAUGCAUCUGCAGUACCCCCGCCGCGAGCCACGCCGGUCACAGUCACAGACUCUGCUGCUACAGCCUCCGAGGGAACGGACGAUGUGGUUAUGGUAUUGGGCGGAGUGGAGUACUUGCGUCCUCUGCCGAAACGGCGCCCGCAGUCUCAGCGUACACAUCAGCUGCCUCCACUCAUCUCUCCGCAGGAGAACGCAGAGAUAGAGGCAAGCAUGAAUCAAGGGGUUCGCUUGGGCAUCGCUGAUCUCGGCUCGAUGUUGCCUUCGGCCUCCUCUGAGCCUGUGGCGGAUCACAUCACAGACCACAACGCUUACGGGUCGAGCCAAGAGUCCAACAUUCAGGCACCGCGGACUCCACCAUUCCUGGAAGCAGAUUUACUGCUGAGGAUCGAGCUCAAAAACCAGGCAGCACAGAUGAUCCGUGACGGGGAGCUGAGCGCGGAUGGCUCGGGCACACCGCCUGACCCGCCGCAGGAUGCGGCUGCGCCGGCUGUGCCGGUCCUAUGCAGGCUCGUCAGCUUCACCGUCAGCUUCACCCCGCACCGCCUUGCACUGGCGACUGCUGGCACUUUGGAGGUGGAGCCUACUACAGGGGGCGAUGGCGCUCGGCGCAACAACUUGGUGCCGAAGCCCCGUCACCUUAAAAUCCUGACCUGGAAUGCCGGUGGUCUUGGGGGCAAGGAGGGCGCACUCUUUGAUGAAUUGCAGGUCUAUGCCAACACGCACCCCUUUGAUGUGUUGCUAGUCCAGGAGUCCAAGUGGACGUUCAGCAAUAUGUGGGAGGACCCUCGGUGGUUCUUUCUGCACUCAGGCUCGACCGCUCGCGACUUCAAGCAAGGUGGGGUUCUCAUCAUGUUGUCCAAGCGGAUUGUUGACCCGGGAUCUGUCCGGUUCGUUGAGCCCUUGCCGGGGCGUAUUCUGUGGGCACACUUCACGCACCGUGGGAGACCGAUCGACAUUCUCAACAUGUAUCAGCACACAUGGCGUGGCUCCGAAAGAGUAGCUCAGCUCCGACACCGUGCCCUAGAUGUGCUCACCAAAUCCGUCCAGGCAGUCUCGCUUCGCAGCGUUCUGAUCGUGGCAGGCGACUUCAAUGCCCAGUGUGACACCAGUCUGCCUCAU